UCCUUUUCAUGCUUAGAUAUAUACUCAAAACAGAGUCCCCUGCUGUUACAUACAGCUAUCAAACUUUUUCCAUAUUUUUCUUGUUCUGCUCACACUAAAACUUUCCUAGUUCUAGUUACUGUAUUUCUGCUGUAUAUCUUCUACAAACUUCUACAAUCUUCUUACAAAUUAACUUUUUUGUAUUAAAAUAAUUCAGCUUCUAGACUCCUCUACAAAUUCUAGAAGAAGAAGAAAACUAAACAGUAAAUUAUGUUUAGUUCAAGUCCAUUUCAUACUGUCUUGUACGUACAUAAAAAAGAUUGCAAUCAAUAUUUUUAAUUCAAAAACCUGUCAUGUUUAGAGUAAGAAGGAAGGCACGGGCAUGGUAAAGUUGAGUAGAUGGGAUGGACAGCAGUCUACGGAGGAGUAGGUGGGCAGUUGAAGAUUAAUUUUAACAUUUAUUUGCUUGAUCCUCUAUGUUUUGCUUUCAAUCUAUCCAGGCAUUGAAAUCAGAGAACCAUAUUUUAAUCAAUCUGAGCAGGCAUUCAAACAAAAAUGAGGCGCCUAAAUAGCGUUGGGUGUAUUUGCCCGGUUCUCUGUAUUCUGCUUUCAAUCUGUGCAGGUAUUGAAACCAUUAAUGGUAAAGUCAAAAUCCCAGCUUUCUUCACAUUCGUGGACUCAAUCGUGGAUCCUGGCAACAAUAACUUUAUCCCCACCAUUGCUAAGGCCAACCAUGCCCCAUAUGGCCAAGAUUUCAUGGGUCACGAACAAAAUGGUCGCUUUUCUAAUGGAAAACUUCCAACAAAUUUUAUGCAUUUUUCUCAAACUUCUGGACUUGGGGUGAAGGAAAAAAUUCCACCAUUUUUGGAUCCUAAUCUGAACAGCCACGAGCUUCUCACAGGCGUCAGUUUUGCUUCUGCUGGGAGUGGAUUUGACAACCUCACUUCGGCACUUUUUAAUUCGAUACCAAUGUGGAAACAAGUUGAACUAUUCAAGACGUAUAAGGCGCGCCUGGAAAAUUUGGUGGGAAAGGAAAAUUCAUCCAACAUAAUUGGGGAAGCAAUAUUUCUAGUAGUCGCAGGGACCAAUGACUUUUUAUUAAAUUAUCCCUUUCUUCCCAUAAGAAGAACUCAAUUUAUCGUCCAACAGUACCAAGAAUUUGUACUUGAGAUCUGCAGUAGUUUCAUUCAGGUAAAACAAAUUUCAUUGAGAUGGAUCAUACCAGUGGAGAAAACAUUGCAUGGAGAAUCAAAACUGAAUGGAUGUAUUGAGGCAAUCAACAAUAUUUCGUCUUCUUACAACAAAAAGCUCAAGGAAACCCUCCAAGAAUUGGAAGCUCGUCUUCCAGGCAUUAAACUGGAGUACGCAGACAUCUACGAAAAUUUGUUAGACAUGAAAAAAAAUCCCUUCUUAUACGGAUUUGAGAUAUCAGAUAGGGGUUGCUGUGGAACGGGAUUACUGGAGGUUGGGCCACUUUGUCAUGUUAAAACUCUGAUAACUUGUUCAAAUACAUCAAAAAGUGUUUUCUGGGAUUCUGCUCAUCCUACACAGGCUACAUAUCAGAUAAUUGCUGACAAGCUCCUUCGCCAAUAUUCCAAAGCUGCUCUAAGAAAUAACCAAAAUAUUUAUUUUCAAAGUGCAAUAAAUUUAUGUGCAAUAGUAUAGAAAAUUGCUGCCAUGUAAAAGCGGUGAGUUAUUGAAGUAUUUAUGCAAAGGUGGUGAAAUUUAACAAUAACGUUGCCCCGUUUAAAUACGCAUUUAAGUAUCUAUCUGAGUUUCGACGGUUUUAACCAGCUCCAACAUGUGGGUUCUUAAAUUAGAGUUGUACUUUUACAGUUUUAUGAGAUAGUAUUUAUCUUAACGUUGGAAAUUGUAGUUGA